UCUCUGUUUGAAAGGAGAUGCUCCUGAAACAUCAGCAGAACCUGCAGAGACAAAGAGAUGGCCUCGCCCAUCGAAUGAAGAAGCUAGCAGCUAAGCAGGUGGAGAUAACUAAAAAGACCGAUGCAACCAAGGAGAAAAUCAGGAAACGAUACGAGGACAUGAAGCGGGUUCUGGACCAGGAUCUUAUGAUCACGCUGACCCAGAUGGACAUUGAGUUUGAGGCCACAGAGAGGUCAGUGGAGGACAGGAUAGAGCUCUGCUAUCACCUCACUCAGGAACUGGACCAGCAGCUGUCCAACAUUGUGAAAACACAAGAAAAUGAAAGUCAGAAAUAAUAUGAUAGCAUCUCUUUGCUUUGCUUUGCUGGAACCAGAAUAUCUGAGACUUUGAAGCUGACCGACCCCGACGGGAUUCACAUGGACGAGCUCAGGAACAAUCAACUGCUGAGUCUCACCAUCAACCUGCUGCUGUUCAUCAGAUCCCAGGUGCCCAUCACCAAGAAGCUGUUUCAGACCUGUGAAUAACGCUGAAUCUCCCUGACGUGUGACAACGUCCUCGACGCCGAAACCGCCCACCCGAAGCUGAUCAUCUCCCCCGAGGGCGACUCGGCCACCUACACGGACGCCUGGCAGGACGUCCCGGAGACCACCUCGCGCUUCGAGACCACCCUGAACGUGGUCAGCCGGCGAGGCUUCAGCGAGGGCCGCCAGUACUGGGAGGUGGACGUGGGCGGGAAGACCUACUGGGAGCUGGGGCUCACCUACCCGAGCAUCCCGCGCAAGGCCCGCGGCGAGGACUCCUGGCUGGGCCGAGGCCGGGAGUCCUGGUGCGUGGAGUACUUUGACGGGGGCUACGCGGCGUGGCACGCCGGCGUGCGCCACGAGCUGCCCCUGGUGGCGGGAAAGCGGUUCACCCGAAUCGGGGUGUACUGCAGCUUCCCCGGGGGCCUGGUGUGCUUCCUUGGGGCCGACACCGUGACGCCGCUCCACUGCUUCUGCGCAGGGACCUUCGCCGACACCCUGCUGCAGGCCGUGUGCCCCGGUCACGACAACGAAGGCACCAACUGGAAGGCCCUCAGGGUCUGCGACGCUUCGCGGUCAGCUCCGGUUCUCUGAGGUGGGGGGCAGCAGCAGCAGCGCCUCGCAGGCCGGGAAGGGCCCCGGGGGACACAAAUAACCAGGAAGGUCAGGUUCUGAUCAGUCGCCUGGACAUUCUCUUUAACCUCUUUGACUUGUGACCCGGGAGGAGGAUCUGUCAGUACUCGGCGAUGCUGGGUAUGUUCUUCACGUUGGAUGGAUUCAAAUAGAAUUUUGAAUAAAAUAGAUCAAGAAGAUACUUAGUCAACAAAUCCACUGAAAGUACCAGAACCAACAAGUGUCAUUGUGUGGCUGUCACCCUCCAGCCCAAUGUUUGAUUUGAGAAAAAUAAUAGAAUAAUUAAGAGUAUGCAAUUUCAACUUUUUUUAAAGGUUUUUUUUUGAGUGUCAUCCAUGUUUUGGGUGAUAUUCAGUGUGAAAAUCUUGCCUUUUAUGGUGUCUGUUGCAGAUGUGUAAGAAAUGUAACAGACCUCAUUACAGAAUAAAUUAUUCAUGUUUUAAUACAAUAAAAUGUUUACAUGAGCAUUCCUGUGUUUUUGAAGCUAAUUAUACAUUGCCCCAAAUUAAAAGUAAAUUGGGCCAGAUUAAACUUUCAAUCUAAUUCAUUCAUUCAUUUUUCCAAAUCUUUUCAAAUAUAUUCCUGAGGACAACAGCAUUUAACACCCAAAAGCAUUUUAAAAUUUUACCCUUUAACAAUAUGUUCUCUCCCUCCCUCAGUUCCGAUCGAAAAAAGAAAAAAAACAAGUGGAGCAAACACUCCGUUCAGCACAGGAUGCGCACCGCUGAUCAGAGAUCCAUGUGUCGGGUUGU